CUGCAGCAUGUGUGGUGACCAGACGAGCCGCACACUUCACACAUCCUAACAAGAGUAAUUACACAGGCAAGCGGAGAGUUAGACAGAGACCCAAAGAAGACUCUAAACAGGAGAAGAGAGAGGGGCUCUGGAGAGACUCACAACUCACUUAUAAACAGAAAAAGUGGGAUCUUGCCAUACCAAGUUCAAUUAAGGAUACGUCUUAAUUUAUAUAACAAAAUACUCGGGGUGCAAAAAAAAAAAAAAAAAAAAAAAAAAACUUUCACAAUCUUUGAAUUUUUUCAAAGAGAGAGAGAGAAAAAAAUCAUCAGUUGCUUCGUUCAUUGGUGUUAAAGAUGUCAUGUUUCAUGUCACUAUGUCUGUCCGUUUGGGUAGUGCUCAUGAUGCCUGGCAGGACAAGUGCACUGACUGACAACAUCGACGUGAUGGUCAUGUUGCCUCACAACAACACAUACCUGUUCUCUUACCAGAGAGUUUCUCCGGCUAUUGAGUACGCGAUAAAAACCCUCAGCAGUGGAGAGUUCGCUGGAUUGAGAUUCAAUGUACAGUAUGAGAACUCCGCGUGCGGGAUGGACGCUCUGUACGCGCUCGUGGACAAGCAGAAAGACGAGCGUCCCGACCUGGUCCUCGGUCCGGUGUGCGAGUACAGCGCCGCGUCGGUGGUCAGAGUGGCAUCGCACUGGAACAUCCCCGUGAUCUCAGCAGGUGCUCUGGCCACCGGCUUCAGCUUCAAAACCCCCGAAUACUCGCAUAUCACUAGAAUCGCUCCAACCUACCUGAAGAUGGCCGAGACGUUUCAGGCUAUGUUCGGCCGUUUCGGCUGGAGAACUGCAUCUUUGAUUUACGACGACGAUAAAGACGAGAGAAACUGUUACUUUACGAUAGAGGGGGUUUACACGGUGCUCUCGGAGUACUACAAAACCACAGAUUACGCCGUGUUAAACUCGCAAGAGGACAGAGUAGAUGCCGACGAGAUCAUCGCGUCCGUCUACGGGAGCGAAGUGGUGAUCAUGUGUGCCAAGGCGGACACAGUACGAGACCUCAUGCUGGCGGCCCAUCGACGAAAAUUAACCAGCGGCAGCCACAUUUUCUUUAACAUCGAGCUCUUCAACUCCUCUUCCUAUGGGGAUGGAUCCUGGAGGAGAGGAGACAAAUAUGACAAUGAGGCCAAGGCUGCCUACAGCUUUCUCAACACUGUAACGUUGCUUAGGUCCACCAAGCCAGAGUUUGAAAACUUCUCCACGGAAAUGAAAAAGUCACUAAAGCAAUCGAACAUCCCUGUCUGUGAACGCUGCAGUGCUGUCAAUAUGUUUAUGGAGGGGUUCCAUGAUGCUUUGAUUCUCUAUGCAAUUGCCUUGCGUGAGGUGAAGAGUAUUGGUCUGACAAAAAAGAAUGGCCUGCAAAUCACCCACAGCAUGUGGAACAGAACAUUUGAAGGCAUUGCUGGCCAGGUGUCUCUGGAUGCCAAAGGUGACCGGAAUGGAGAUUUCUCUGUCGUUAGGAUGACAGACCCAGAGGCAGGAACGCACGAGACUGUCAUGAGCUACUUUGGCACCAAUGGAAGUUUCCAGAUAAUGCCGGGCUUUAAGAGGGAAUGGUUCACCUUGCGAACAUCACCAGAGCCUCCACAUCCAAAACACAGUGACCCAUCAUCAGGUGGACUAGGUGUAUCGGCAGUGACUGGGAUAAUUGUAGGAGGAAUUCUGGGAACGGCUCUCCUUUUGGCAUUCUACUUCUUUAGGAAAAAUUACAGGAUAACCAUUGAACGGAGAACACCGCGAGAAGAGUGCGAUAUCGGGAAACACCGUCAGUUGCGGGAAGACUCCAUUAGAUCCAACUUCUCGGCAGCGUAGUCUGUAGUCGUAAGUCGACUGCUGGGGUGUUCGAAUUCAGGGAAGGUGCAUCUCAAAUGGGUCUGUGAGGCUCAUCAAACACCAUCCCAGGAACCCAGAAAUAUUUAUAGACAUGCUGUAGUGUUUUUUUCCUUGUAAAUGUCUCUUGCUCUUCAAUUCGUAAACUCAGGAAAGUUGAAUUAUUGGAUGAGAAGUGCUCGCAAGGCUUCUUGAAUCUCUAAAGAAAAAGGGUCUUUUUUAUUUAGCUACAGACCUUUUUCUCCCUGCCAAACUCAUCUUGAGGAAAACUCUGUAGAAGCCUGUCAGUUUUGUAGAAAAUGGUCAGCUGACUUGAGUCUGGGUCAGCUGCUGUGUCGAUGGGGAGAAGCGGUUAUGAGAUAUUGAGGACGUAAGAGUGACACUCAGAACCUAAGCUUACUUUAAACUCAACACUCUCACUCAUGUUUCCUUCCUCUUCUUCCUUUAGAGAAUGUCCAGUAGAACACACUGAUAAACAUCCAUUCUUUCUUCUUUGUAGACUGUGUAAAGAGGCACUGAUGAAUACAAAAACUGAUGUGAACUUUAAAAAUGA